UCGCCGGAAAGGGGAACGUUUCCAUCCUUAAUGUCUUAUAACAAUCUGCCGGCCUGCCCCCCUCUUACCCCCGGCUCUUCCCAUCUCCUCCGCCCACCGUCGACGUGUUCGAUCAAUGUUCUUUUGUUCGACAAACGACCAAGUCUCACAGAGAGGCCGUAAAAGGGAUGAGAAUGGAUGAGAUUUCGCCCUUCGAACGCAGUUGAUUUCUUCCUGCCAAGGGCUGGGCAAAAACAAAAAGAAAAACAUGGCGGCAACCAACCAAGACCCCCAAGGGAGGAUCGGCUUCCUCCCACCGCCUCCGGGCGUGACGCCAAACUUUGACCAUCCGCGGGAUAUCUACUGGACGCUCAACGUCGCCGUGCUGAUCGUGUGCAACGUCCUCGCCACAGUUUCGUUUUGUCUUCGAUGUUAUGUCAGGUUGUUUGUCCACCGCCGCAUCUUGGUGGCAGAUUUGGCACAUUAUGGACUCGGAUAUCACGCAUGGGAGAUUACGGCCGAAGACUACUCCCAGGUGCUCAAGGUAUGCCGCCGCCGCCGCCGACCGGGGCUUCCACGCAAACUACACCCGCUGACCGAGAAAACCAAGUGGCUGUACGCCAGCUCCAUCGUCUACAUCCCGGCCGCCUAUUUCACCAAAGUUACCCUCCUCCUCCUCAUCGCCCACGUAUUCGCCGUCAACGAGCGCAUCGCCAAGAGCAUCCACGUCUUCAUCUGGGUGCUGCUCUUCAUGUACACGCCCGUGCAGACCAUCAAGACCACCAUCUGCGUGCCCAUCGAGGACUACUGGAUGCCCUCGGUCUCGCCGCGGUGCAUCAACCAGCGCAAGGUCUUCAUCGUCGACACGUCCAUCGCCGUCUUUGUGGACAUCGUCAUCCUGGUACUGCCCAUCUUCAUGACCUGGUCGCUGACCAUGUCGCCCAAGAAGAAGUUCAAAAUCAUGCUGAUGCUCGGUGCCGGCGGCGGGGCGACGGCGGCCACGGUGUUCCGGCUCGUAACGGCCAUCAGGUUUGUUGAUUCGCCGGAUCUGACGGUCAGCUUUGUGAUCAUCGACCUAACAGCAUGCAUCGAGCUCACCAUCGGUCUGGUCUGCGCCUGUCUCCCGUCCGUCAACGUUCUCUUUAAACGCCAUCAGUCCGUACGCGAACGCGCCAGGAGUUUCAACGUCCCACGCACCGGGCGGUUCGGCGGACUACGCCAGAAGGAGCUUUCCAGCCUGUGGGAGACCGUGACGGGGAAGACGCGAACACUCGACACCGCGACCGUCGCCGUGCUCGAGCCGGAGACCCCGCCACAGUCGGCCGUAUCCGAGGUGCCACGGCGGCUGCCCGGGCUGCUCCCGCUCCCGACAUUCAGCCACGAUUUCGUCUCGUUCCCGGGACAUCUUCCCGAGGGGAGUUUGGGGGCUGGCCUGGUGAGGUUGGACUCGAGGGUCAACUCCUCAGACGGCCGAACGGACGGCUGGCUUUCGCCCCGGACGGAGGGGGAUGUCGAGCGGGCGCGGCUCAACGUCCCGGGGACUAGGUUAUGGAGCACGAUAUGGGACGGGCGCAGUGCCGAAAUUCCACAAAAAUGA